AUGUGGCGUGAUCGGACGAAUCUCUACGUCUCUUACCGCCAGUCGUUCGCGCAUCAUCCCACCAAAAAGCCGCGCUAUUUCGGUCCUUCCCAGGGCUUCAGCGACUCUCCAUCCUUAUCCGAAGAGAGAAGAGGCCUGAUUGCCGGUGCCGAUGGAUUGGAGGACGAUGGCGAUGCUAUCAUCGAGAUGGACCUAUUGCCCCCCCGAUGGGUGGAUGUGCAGGACGAGGUCAACGAAACCCUCACCGAUAUCGCGCAGAAAGCCGCACGACUAGAUAAGCUGCACCAGAAACACAUCCUCCCCAGUUUUGGGGACGAGGCUGCACGAAAGGGAGACGAAGCACUGAUUGAACAGUAUACCCAAGAGAUUACGAGGAGUUUUCACAGUUGCCAGACUGCGAUCAAGCGGAUUGAAGGCAUGGUGCGCGAGCAGAAGCAGCUCGGAAGCGUGACACAGGGAGAUGAGACCAUGGCCAGGAAUAUUCAAAUUUCACUUGCUUCGAGAGUGCAGGAGUCGAGCGCGCGAUUUAGGAAGAAGCAAAGCACGUAUUUGAGAAAACUGCGUGAACUCGAAGGCAUGGCACUACCGUUCGAGCGAGCAGCCACGCCUAUACAAAAUCCAUACUCCGAUCCAUCGCUUAUGGAAUCAGACGCGGACAAAUCCUUCUCGCAAACAACACUCCAACAAACGUCGCAGAAACAACUUGUAGGUGGCGCCAACGAGGCAGUCAUCGCGCAACGCGAGCGGGAAAUCAACGAUAUCGCAAAGGGCAUUAUCGAAUUAUCCGAUAUAUUCCGCGAACUACAAACCAUGAUUAUAGACCAGGGCACAAUGCUCGAUCGAAUAGACUAUAAUGUGGAACGGAUGACCACAGACGUCAAACAAGCCGAUACAGAACUCAAGGUGGCUAGCAACUACCAACGCAAAACAACAAAACGCAAAAUCAUCCUCCUACUCAUCCUCCUCAUGAUCGGGAUGAUUAUCCUCGUCGCACUCAAACCCAAACGUCGCGGUCACGAUAACAAAAAUAAUGCUACCGAAACAAUUCCCCAAUUAAUCCGCAGGACAACUAUCCCAUCUAUUGAUAUAGCUGAAUAUAUCGAUGAUUACAUCAUCAUUGAGCACAUAUCGGCGAAUACGAAAGAUGUCCAUCAUCAUAAUUCCUUUUCACGCCCUCCUGAUGAUUAUGGGUAUGAUUAUUCAUCGUUAUGGGUUGGUGGUCUCUUGAAUGGAUAG